AUGUCAUCCAAUAUUGAUAAUAUAACGAUGGCAAUUGAUAUUUCAGAAGAGAAUUGCAAAUCUGAGAAGUUGAAAGAGCUGAUAUUGGAGACGAUAGGAUUAUUUCCGCACCAAUACAGCUAUCAAGCGAGAUAUAUGAAAGAACAAGCCGAGAGUCGAUUUGGAUAUUGGUGGAGUGCGGUGAUUAUUAGCGAGAAAGGCGGCUAUGGCAUGAGUGCCGUCUACGAUCAGUAUAGCAACACUACAUGUGAGCUCAGGAUCUUUGAUACGUUCUAUUGGUUGGGAAGAACGAGUUAA